AAUUAUGGUUCCAUUCGGACCGAAGGGCAGAAUAAUCAACCUGCCUUAUUAUCGGAAGGUUCCAAUGAUAACAGUAUGGGACGUAAUAUCUCUUCUUUAGACGUUCUAUGUCAAUCGACCCUCCCGGAAAUCUACAAUACAAAGUCAAAUUAUGAAGAUGGAGCCAAAUAUACUAUAUCGCCCCCGGACAAUAAAUCUCACGUACUCGAAACGAAAAGGGAAAAUUGCGAGGUUCAUGUUCGGUGUGUCAAUUCGUUUCGGACCAGUGACAACGGAGGCGAAGGAAUUCUUGAAACAAAUACCGAAAACAAGAGUGAAGAACAUAUUGAUAUUACAGCUGAGUUUAAGUCCUGCCCUAACCGAACAACAAUUGAAAAUUUGCAGGCAUCCUUUGGGAAAUUGUUCAGAAUCGGUACCUUGGGAGGCACUGUGUGGACACAGGAAAUCCAAACGAAACCCUGUCGUUAUGUACUCACGGACUCUAGCACUACCAAGGAUACCGGAGAAACAACCGACGAUCAAGGAUCCAUGUCUCUUGUGCCAAAAUAUGAUGAACAAAAUGAUGCAUUUUGCAACAAUACAUGUAUGGUAGUUGAUACAUAUGCAAAUGAUUCUGACCGUCGUAAUAUUGCAUCUUUUAUUGGUUGCGAACUUCCUAGUGAUAGUGGAGACCCAAAAGAACUUGAAUUAUACAUGAUGUGGGAUAUGAGCCAAAUGUUAUGGCCAAUGGGAAAUUCUUUGGAAGAGGCAAGAUUAAACGAUGGAAAAAGUAAUUUGUACUGGAUUGUGUUGAAUGAUGGAACUGUUGAGGAAUUCGAGCGAUCACUCGAACCACCUGAUUUACCUGAAUGUGCGUAUGCAAAAAAUUUUUUAUGA